AUGUCUUCCGCACUCCAGACACGUAUGUUGAAAUCGAAAUUGGAAGUGCCGCGAGUGCGCCUGCAGCCACGGUUUGUCAUGAACAUCACUCCAGACAUUUCACAAGUUCUGGCCUACUUGGUCACCGUCGUGUCAAAGAUUGCUCAAAGCAAGAACCUCGCCAAACAUUCCAAAGAAUAUAUUCAAUGA